AUGAGGACUACCUGUGGGGUUGACUCGCACGAGGUCUGUGUGCAGGACCCAGUGGCCAUUGAGGAUGUGGCUGUGAACUUCACCCCAGAGGAGUGGGCUUUACUAGAUCCUUCACAGAAGAAACUGUACAGAGAUGUGAUGUUGGAAACCUUCAGGAACCUUGAAUCAUUAGGAAAAACAUGGAAAGUUCAUGACAUUGACGAUCAGUACAAAAACCAGGGGAGAAUACUAAGAAAUCAUGUGGUAGAGAGAUUCUGUGAGAGUGAAGAGGAUCGUCAAUGUGGAGAAAACUUUAGCCUUAUUUCAAAUCUCAAUCUGAACAAGAAAACUACUGCAGCAAAGCCCUAUAAAUGCAAUGCAUGUGGAAAAGUCUUCAAGCAUCGUUCGUCCUUUAAUAGGCACAUUAGAUGUCACACUGAACACAAACCGUAUGAGUGUCAAAAAUAUGGAGAGAAGCCAUAUAAAUGUAAGGAAUGUGGGAAAGCCUUCACUUUUCCCAGUAAUCUUCAAAGACAUGAAAGAACUCAUACUGGAGAGAAACCCUAUGAAUGUAAAAAAUGCAGUAAAGCAUUCAGUAGACUCAGUUCUCUUCAAAGACAUGAAGGAACUCAUACUGGAGAGAAACCCUAUGAAUGUAAAAAAUGUAGUAAAGCAUUCAGUAGACUCAGUUAUCUUCAAAUGCAUGAAACAGUUCAUACUGGAGAGAAACUCUACAUAUGUAAACAAUGUGGGAAAUCCUUUACAUUUCCCUCAAGCCUUCAGUCACACAUGAUCUUUCACACUGGAGAUGGACCUUAUAAAUGUAAGGAAUGCAAGAAAGUAUUCAGUUCUCCCAGUGUAUUGCAAAAACAUGAAAGGAGUCACACUGGAGAGAAACCCUAUGCAUGUAAGGAAUGUGGGAAAGCCUUCACUUUUCCCAGUUCUCUUCCAAUACAUGAAAGAACUCAUACUGGAGAGAAACCCUAUAAAUGUAAAAAGUGCAGUAAAGCAUUCACUAGACUCAGUUCUCUUAAAAGACAUGAAGGAAUUCAUACUGGAGAGAAACCCUAUGAAUGUAAAAAAUGCAGUAAAGCAUUCAGGUCUUCCAGUUGUCUUCAAAUACAUGAAAGAAUUCACAAUGGAGAGAAACCCUAUGAAUGUAAGGAAUGUGGCAAAGCCUUCAGUUCUGUUAAAGGUUUCCAAAUACAUAAAAGAAAUCAUACUGGAAAGAAACCAUAUGAAUAUAAAAAAUGUAGUAAAGCAUUUAGUUGUCUUAAACUCCAAACAAAUGAAAGACAUCACACUGAAGAGAAAUGCUUUGAAUGUAAAGACUGUGGGAAAGCCUUUAUUGCUCUCACAGACCUUCAAGCACACACGAUCACUCACAGUGGAGAUGGACCUUAUACAUGUAAGGAAUGUGAGAAAGUAUUCAUUUCUCCAGGUUCAUUUGAAAUACAUGAAAGGAGUCACACUGGAGAGAAACCCUAAGAAUGUAACGAAUGUGGGAAAGCCCUCAGUUUGUACGCUAACUUAAAAGUACACCAAAGAACUCACACAGAAGGAACACCUUUUGCAUGUAAGGAAUGUGGUAAGGCUUUCAUUUCUCUUCAAGCUCUCCAAAUACAUGAAAGACAUCACAGUGGGCAGAAACCCUAUGAAUGUAAAAAAUGCAGUAAAGCCUUCACUUCUUCUGGUUUUCUUCAAAUACCUGAAAGAAUUCAUACUGGAGAGAAACCCUAUAAAUGUAAGGAAUGUGGGAAAACCUUUACUGCUCCCUCAAGUCUUUGAUCACACAUGAUCUUUCACACUGGUUAUGGACC